AUCCUUCAGGUUUUGGCCGAACGACAAAGUGAACGACACAAACGACAGCUCGGCUACGGCGAGACAUCAACCGACGCUUCCUACCAAGGCUACCAGACGGGUCCAUCGAGUGGCGCAUGCUGUGGUUGCGGUGUCUCACCACCGGGACCACCCGGUCCUCCCGGGCCAGAUGGCAUGGACGGAUCGGAUGGGUUACCAGGAGUGCCAGGAAUGGAUGGACCGGAUGCUCCACCACCGCCACCCCCACAGCAAGUCGAUUACUGUUUUGAGUGUGAAGAAGCUGAGCCCGGCCCAGCUGGUUACCCAGGUCCAAAAGGACCGCCCGGCAUGCCCGGUCCGCGAGGCGAAGAUGGACUACCCGGAAAACCUGGGCUUCCAGGAGAGCCUGGACCACGAGGACCCACUGGUUCGCCCGGUGAGCCGGGGCCAUGUGGACCAGCCGGAGAGCCGGGAGUUGUUAUCGAUAUACCCGGACCGGAGGGCCCAGAGGGACCUCCCGGCCAUGAGGGCCAGCCAGGUGUUCCGGGUCGUCCCGGUGAAGAUGGUUUACCAGGUCAGGAAGGGCCGGAGGGACCAGCCGGUGAUCCAGGAUAUGACGGUAUCCCGGGUAAGCCUGGUCCGGAUGGCGAUCCAGGUUCGGAUGGUCCACCUGGUACGCCAGGAGCAUGCGACCACUGCCCGCCACCAAGAACAGCUCCCGGGUAUUAG